AUGGCAGCUCCGCAAGCCAUUGACCCAGACAUCCUUCCCCGUCUCGAUCCCGAGUACGUCGCCUUCCAUAAUAAAUAUGUUGCUCAUCUCGUUCCCCCUCACUCUCUACCUUGGGAUCCCGCCAUCCGUAAGGGUGACACCGUACCAGGAAGCGCAGAGGUCUUGUCAGUCGGCAGUGUUCAAGACUAUGACUUGAGCCACUGUAAGGUACGCGUCUUUACGCCGGAGGGCACUCCUCCCCCUGACGGCUGGCCUGCAUACGUCUGGUACCACGGUGGUGGAUGGACCCUCGGAAACAUUAGCUCAGAAAACGCUUUCUGCUCUCGACUUUGCAAAGGAGCAAAGUGUGUUGUAGCAUCACCAGACUAUCGCCUUGCGCCAGAACAUCCUUACCCCGCCGCAGUGGAAGAUUCAUUUGAAACGCUGCAAUGGGUCUUUGAGCAGGGAAAAUCCCUCUUAGGGGUCGAUCCUACGAGACUGGCGAUUGGUGGUUCAUCUGCUGGCGGUAAUCUUGCUGCCAUAAUCUCCAUGAAGGCUGCCGAGCUUAAACAACCUAUCCAUCUGAAGCUUGCACAGCUCAUUGUUCCGGUGACCGACAACACUGCUCUCCACACGGACGAUCGGUACCCAUCUUGGAAGGAGAACGCAAAUACAGUCUGGCUCAAUACAGGGAGAAUGCUCUGGUUCCGUAAUUUCUACGUUCCAAAAGAGUCAGAAAGGACCGAGUGGGACAACUCUCCAAUCUUUGCGCCCGAUGAGCUGCUAGCCAAAUCUCCAAAGACCUGGAUCGCGGUGAUGGAACUUGACAUUCUUAGGGACGAAGGUCUGGCAUACGGCGAACGACUUAAGAAAGUUGGCGUGCCAGUCUCACACAAACAGUAUGCAAAGGCACCGCAUCAGAUUUUGGCUAUGGAUGGUAUGCUUCCUCAUACUGUUAUCAUACGAAUUGAUUAG